AUGUCUGAUAAAAAUAGUGUAAUCAAAAAUGAUCAAAAUGAUGGUAUUAGUAAUUUAUUUUGUAAGAAAAACUUUUCUUUAUAUCAGUUUAAAGAAGAAUGGAAUGAAUUAUAUGAUAAAAAUGAAUUUAAUUUUGAAGUGAUUAAACAAAAAUGCAUGAAUGGUAAAUUACAAGGUUCUUAUUUUAGAAGCCUUUGUUGGAGAUGUUUACUAGGAAUACUGCAUAAACAGCCUGUACAGUGGCUUUGUCAGUUAAAAACAUAUAGACAGCAUUAUAAUGAAGUAUGUUUAGAGUUACAACAUAACCCUUGGAAUGUCAAUAUUGAUUUGUCAUAUGAUAAUCCGCUGUCUCAAGAAUCUGAAAGCAUAUGGCAAAAAUAUUUUUGCGAUGAAGAGUUAAAAUCUGUUAUUCUUCAAGAUGUAAAAAGAACUUUUCCCGAUUUGGAAUAUUUUCGUAAUGAAGAUGUUCAAAAAAUUAUGAUUCGAAUAUUAUUUUGUUAUGCAAGGCAAAAUCCAUUGUUGUGUUAUAGACAGGGAAUGCAUGAAAUUUUAGCUCCAUUAAUAUUGGUGCUUCAUUUAGAUCAUCAAGCUUUGCUUUGUGCUAUGCAAAAUAAUUUAGACAUCUGUGAAGAUAUAAAGGAAAUAUUGUGCCCUGAAUAUUUAGAGCAUGAUGCAUACAGUAUUUUUAAGAAUGUUAUGAGUCAAAUACAAUAUAGUUAUAAUGUUAAUUUGAAAGACGACCAUAAGACUGAUCAAAAUGAAGUUAUAGAAAGAUUGGAAUAUAUUAAAAAUUACAUAUUUCAACCCAAAGAUCCAGAACUAAGUGCUCACUUAGAUAAAUUAGACAUACCAAUGCAUUUAUAUGGAAUAAGGUGGUUAAAGCUACUUUUUGGACGUGAGUUUCAGUUAAAAGACUUGCUUGUAUUAUGGGAUUUUCUUUUUUUUAAUAAUUUAGAGUAUGUUAAUUAUGUGGUAGUUGCCAUGCUUGUAGCAAUUCGACAGACUUUGUUAAAAGAAGAUUACAAUACAUGUUUAUGCACAUUAAUGAAAUACCCCAAUGGAGUUAAUGUAAAUUGGAUAAUGGCUUAUGUUUUACAUUUGAAAGAUCCUAAAAAAUAUCCAGUUCCUGAUUUUGCACAAAUGACACCGAUAAUUAAUAAAAAAGAAAAUAAAACUUUGUUUUCUUCUAUAAAUAAAAGGUUAAGAGGAGAAUCUUUUAAACAGUUAAAAUGGUUUUCGACAAAACAAAACUUUCUCAAACUAAAGCAGAAUGGAGAUGGAGAUGAUUUUAUAGUUCAUGAAUUUGUUCCCAAUAAGUCAGGAUAUCCAGAAAUCGAAUUGCAACAAAUUAAAAUUCUAUUAGGGUUGGUUAAUCACAAACUUCUUCAUUAUCAUUCGGUUUUAAAUAAAAGUAUUGUAAAUAAUGUAAAUUUAAAUUCUGAUGUUAAAUUGAUAGUUGACGAUAUUUAUGAGCUUUCUCAUCUCCUUAAAAAAUAUGAUGUCUAUGAAAUAGAAACAGCUUGCGAAGCAGAUGAAGAUAAGGAGUUUGUUUCAAGUUCACAUUUACCAAAUGAAUUUUUAGAAGAAGAAGUGAAACCAUUAAGUGCAAUAAAUUGGAAAAAUAGAUCUCACACAUUACCAAAGAUAAAAAAGGAAUAA